UAUACCUCCACCAAUCUUCUCUCCAUCUGGCUCACGAAAGCCGGAAGCUCUCAAGAAGCUUUCCGGCGUUAUCCUUGGAGAAGGUUGCCGAGCUAAAAGGGCAAGAAAGAAACAUAAAGGAUAGCUUUGUUGAGCUGAGCGACCGAUCUUUAGUCAACUUGAACAUACAAGAAAAGAUGGAUUAUGUAUAUGGACCUGGCAGAAACCAUCUCUUUGUUCCAGGGCCUGUGAAUAUCCCGGAGCCUGUGAUACGGGCCAUGAACAGGAACAAUGAGGAUUACAGGUCCCCGGCCAUUCCUGCAUUGACAAAGACUCUUCUUGAGGAUGUUAAGAAAAUCUUCAAGACGACAAGUGGAACUCCUUUUCUAAUUCCCACAACAGGUACUGGAGCUUGGGAAAGUGCAUUAACAAACACAUUGUCGCCUGGUGACAGAAUUGUGUCUUUUCUCAUUGGGCAAUUCAGUCUUCUCUGGAUUGAUCAGCAACAACGACUCAAAUUUGAUGUUGAUGUCAUAGAAAGUGGUGAGUGGGGACAAGGAGCCAAUCUUGACAUACUGGCAACGAAACUAGCAGCAGACAGGGCUUACACAAUUAAGGCCAUCUGUAUUGUCCACAACGAGACAGCAACUGGAGUCACCAAUAAUUUGGCAGCCGUAAGGAACCUUCUGGAUGAGUACAGGCAUCCUGCACUGUUGCUUGUUGAUGGUGUGUCAUCAAUAUGUGCUCUUGAUUUUCGAAUGGAUGAAUGGGGAGUUGAUGUAGCAUUAACUGGAUCACAGAAAGCUCUUUCUUUGCCUACUGGAAUGGGCAUUGUCUGUGCUAGCCCUAAAGCAUUGGAAGCCUCUAAGAUGGCCAAAUCAUUAAGAGUGUUCUUUGACUGGAAUGACUACUUGAAAUUCUACAAACUGGGAACUUAUUGGCCUUACACUCCUUCCAUUCAACUAUUGUAUGGGCUCAGAGCGGCUUUGGAUCUUAUAUUCGAGGAAGGACUUGAUAAUGUGAUUGCAAGGCACAGCCGUUUGGGUAAAGCAACAAGACUCGCUGUCGAGGCUUGGGGCCUGAAGAACUGCACACAGAAGGAUGAAUGGUUUAGUGACACAGUAACUGCAGUGGUGGUCCCACCUUAUAUUGACAGUGCUGAUGUUGUUAGGAGGGGAUGGAAGAGAUACAAUUUAAGCUUAGGUUUGGGUUUGAACAAAGUGGCAGGAAAGGUGUUCAGAAUAGGACAUCUAGGAAAUGUCAAUGAGCUGCAACUGCUGGGCUGUCUUAGUGGAGUAGAGAUGAUACUCAAGGAUGUCGGCUACCCAGUCAAGCUUGGAAGUGGAGUGGCAGCCGCAGCUGCUUAUCUUCAAAACACCACCCCAAUGAUCCCUUCUAGGAUAUAACAUUUAAUCAACAUGGCUUCUUCCCUCGGACUUGCUGUAAAUAUGAUCAUGUAUUCUGCAUACUUUUGAGGCUUGUUCUCCAUAUAUACAGUUCUAUACUUGAUUAUUUUAUUUAAAACUUUUAUAUUUAUAU